AUGGCUCCCACGCGACGUCGCCCAUUCGUCGCGCCGCAUCCCCGUCCGACGCCGCAUUCGUCCCAAGAACGUCCUUCUCCCGGCGGCGGCAGCAGCGGCUUACCUCCUCGGCUCCCCAACGAGCAGCCUCGACUCGGUCCUCACGCGUUGACCUUCACGGAGCCUCACACCGCCACCUGGGACGCCGGCAGCACCACAACAUCACCAGCACACGUCUAUGAGGUUGCCGGCGACUUCAGCCCCAACCAUUGGACGCCUGAUGACUACUCGGAAGCGGAUGAUGAUUUGGAAGUGCUGAGGCAGCAGGAUGCCACUCCAAGUACUGGCGGCAAAGGAUCAUCCAAGCAAGGCAGCAACUACACUAAUCUUGAGGAUAUCCAACUUUGCAAAUCUUGGAUUCAUAUCAGCAAUGACCCUAUCAUAGGGAAUAACCAGCCAGGGAAAACUUAUUGGGAGAGGAUCGGAAAUGAUUUCCACAGCAACAGGGACUUUGAGUCCGAUAGGACUCCCAAUUCACUCGAGCAUCGCUUUGGGAUCAUACUAAAGGAGUGCAUGAAAUUCCAAGGCUACUACGAGGAGGUCGAGCGUCGUCAUCCAAGCGGCAUUCCAUACAAAGAGCAUCUGCUUGAAGCCCAAGCAAGGUAUGCCAGAAAAGCGAAGGGCAAAAAUUGUCAAUUCGAACAUUGCUGGCUCACGUUGAGGCAUACUCAGAAGUUCGAAUCGACACUUGAAGGCAACAAGAGGCCAGCCAAGUCCAGAGAGCUCAACCUCCCAGUAGGAAGUGAACAAGACGAUGAGUCAACCGCCCAAGGCCAAGAGAGCUCCUCAGUCCCUUCUGCCAAGAAAGCCCGACCUCCGGGUAGAAAGCAAUCCAAAGAGAAGCUGAAAAAGAAUGAAGGAGAUGACGAGUACAAGGAUAUGAUGCAAAACUUGAUGGUAAUGAAGACCGAGGAACAUAAGAUGAAGAAAGAAAGGUGGGAGAAGGAUAUGAUGCUUGAGCAUCGUCAGGAUUGA